AUGCAGUUCACCACCGUCGCCGUCGCCUUCUUCGCCAGCCUCGUCGCUGCCCAGGACCUUUCCCUCCUCCCCGACUGCGCGCGCCCCUGCUUCGUCGACAACUUCCCCGUCUCCGGCUGCACUGACCAGACCGACUUCGCCUGCAUCUGCGCUUCCUCCGCGUACAACAGCGCCGUGACCACCUGCGUCCUAGGUGCCUGCCAGCUUUCCGACGCUAUUGCUGCCUCUACCUGGGCUCAGAACACCUGCGCCGCUGCUGGUGUUCCCAUCUAG